GGCAGAUGUUCCGCCCAAUGACGGCGCCUUUAGACAGUGUGUGUAGCUUCCUGCGUGCAUCCCUCAUCUCGCCGGUGCCGAUUCUUCUCGUCAGUCAUAUCCUCGUGCCAUAAGCAACCAAUCCCCCUGGACUCAGCGCAUAUUCCUCUCGCUCCAUACUAAUCCCCACAGCGCUGCAACGCCGAGUUGAGGGACAUUGACACAUUCGGAGGCAGAGAUGCUGUGGAAAAGCACCGACCUCGAGAGCCUCGACUAUGGUGCGACGCUACCAAUGUCACAAUGUGAUAAAUACGACUAACUUUGCGAAUUCUACAUUGGUGCAGACCUGUUCGAGAGCGUAGUGAAUAAAUCUGGCAUGGGGUACAAGUACCGUAAUGGCCAGGAGAAGAACCGACUCAUCUACGCGCGCUGGUUCCUUACGCUCGUCACAGGCGUCAUCACGGCGCUCGUGGCGGUCUUCAUGCUCUACUUCACAACGCUGCUCAUGUCGCUCAAGCAGCAUCUACUCGAAUACACCAUCCAUCACGAGCUGGCCAAAAACGUGCUCUUCGGCACCACGUUCUGGACCAUCUUGGCAUUUAACCUCGGACUUGUGGCAAUUGCCGCUACUGUCACGUCUUUCGGUGAACCAGUAGCUGCUGGCUCCGGUAUCUCGGAGGUCAAAACGACGCUUAACGGCAUGAAGAUUCCACGCAUGUUACGCUUACGAACAUUUUUCUGCAAAGUUAUCGGCACUGUCUGCUCCGUAGCUGGUGGUUUGCCAGUAGGAAAAGAAGGUCCUAUGAUUCACAGUGGUGCAAUCGUAGCUGCAGGUCUUUCUCAGGGCAAAUCAUCGACUCUGGGCUACGAUACAAGGUCAGCAGUGCUCUACGUGUGACCCGUACUGUCAAUCGCUAACUUUCGACGCUGUGUUGUAGCUUUUCCUACUUCGCAGGCUUCCGAAAUGAUAGAGAGAAGCGCGAUUUCGUAGCGUGUGGUGCUGCCGCUGGCGUUGCGUCGGCUUUCGGAGCUCCUAUCGGUGGCGUUUUGUUCGUAUUGGAGGAAGGCGCGUCGUUCUGGAACCAGACACUCACUUGGAGAACGUUAUUUUGCGCUAUGUCGGCUACAUUUACGCUGGCAUUUUUCCUCUCUGGAAUGAACGACAACCUGUCGUGGGGAACGCUUGGUAGCCAUACUGGCAGCUUCAGCUUCGGGCCAUUCACCUCCAGCACAUAUCAGAUAUGGGAGGUGCCUCUGUUCAUUCUCAUGGGUAUUGGUGGUGGCUUGCAAGGAGCAUUCUUCAACGGGUUUAACACCCGUCUAGCGAGGAUACGCUCUCGUUGGGUCCGUACACGUGGAGUGGCAUGGAUGGAGGCUUUAUUAAUGUCCGUUUUGAUCUCUUCGCUGCUGUUUUCGACACCUUUUUUGCUUGGUAAAUGUCAUGAUCUUCCUCAAGCCCGUGAAGACGUCGUGCAUCUUGCAGAUACUGCUGGAGCCGCUGGAGCGCCUAACAAAGCCUUCGUUUUUGGAAUGGAAAUGCUCAAGAAGAACGGCUCAGCGUGCAUAUGUGAGAGCUGUGCGAGCGUCUCUAUGAACGGUGCGGAGUGUUUCCAAGCCGACGAGACGGUGCAGUAUCCAUACAAGAAGGAAUUGCUGCGGUUUUACUGUCCAGAGGGCCAAUACAACGACUUAGCGUCGCUAAUGUUGACAGGAGGAGAAACUGCUAUCAAGCAUCUGUUCCAUGCUCCACCGGACUCUUUUGAUGUUCGUAACCUCGUGGUCUUCUGGUUUACGAUGCUAAUGCUGGCGUGUAUCACUUAUGGUCUCAAGAUUCCAAGUGGAUUGUUCGUACCGGCACUGCUUAUCGGUGCAGCCUAUGGACGACUGUGGACUCGUGUGAUUAAUUACUUUACAAGUCUGCAGCACUUGAAGGCUGUCGAUCCACGGACGUAUGGGCUGGUUGGAAGCUUAGCGAUGCUCGGUGGAGUGACGCGCAUGACCAUCUCGUUGACUGUCAUUAUCCUCGAAUGUACUGGCAACAUCGAGUUUGGUCUGCCGUUAAUUCUCACGUCGUUCUUUGCUCGCUGGGUGGGCAACUACUUUAACGAAGGUAUCUACGAUAUCCAUAUCCAUCUUCGUCACGUGCCGUUCCUGGACUGGAAUCCACCUCUACGUGGCUCAUUCUUGCGUGUUAAACACAUUAUGACUGCUAACCCGAAGACACUACGCACAGUUGAACGUGCAGGAGUUAUCUUCGAUCUACUUGUGAGUACAAAACACAACGCGUUCCCUGUCAUCGUGGAAGAUCCAACCUUCGGUAGCCGCUUCUUCGCAGGCGUUGUACUUCGGAAACAACUUAACGUGCUGUUGAGUCAUAACGACUUUAGCAUUGACAAGCCCAAGCCGUUCCAUCGCCAGCCGCAUCCUGCGUCCUCCCAACCUGACGUGACACCCACUGGCGGUCUCCGUUAUCGUCGCCCGAGAGACUUGGAAGCGAAUGAUACACCUCGCGUAGAUGAUAAACUACUGGAAUCGCCUUUUGCAAGCGAUUACUGCUUGUCGUAUCACGAUAUGGAGGCGCAUUACCCUCGAUAUCCGAUACCGAGUCCCAUGCAUCAGGAUUUCCGAGCUGCUGCUCGUGCUGGUCGUGUAGCCGGCGAUGAACUUUAUACGUUAUCAGAGGAAGAUCGAGCCAUGUGGGUAGACCUUACGCCAUACAUGAACCAGACGCCGUACUUGAUCCAGGAGGAGGCGCCGUUUGUACGCGCUUAUCGUCUUUUUCGCAGCGCCGGUCUCCGCCAUCUUGUCGUGGUGAAUCGCCAUAAUAAUGUGCGUGGUAUCAUCACACGGCGAGAGUUGGAGGAGGAGCAUUGCAGUCGCUGCUUCCGUCUGGCCAAGAAUAUUGAUACGGACGAUGUGUAUCCUCUCUCUGGUGCGCCACCGGUUGGUUUCUUCCGCAAGCUACGACGCACGGUGUCACGAACCGAACAGGUUAAGCGAGCACUGAGCAACUCGGUCCCAAUAGUGCGUGACAACGACGGUGACGGCACUGAAUUGCUUCCCCGUCAAGUGUGAAUAGUUAUCAACUUGAACAGGUGUCGGUUCAAGAUCACCUCUUUAAUCGAAUAGACUUUGAAUUUCACGUUAAUCUUUUUUUU